CUGCAGAGAGAACCGGAACUGGAUGCGGAUACAGCGCCGUGUGUCCUACAGACUGAAGCUACCACAGACAGUCUGUGUGCGUCUGUGUGUGUCUGUGUCUCCGUGUGUGUGUGAGUGAGUCCUGAACAAGUAGAUGCUCAGACCCAGAAGAUGACAGAUGCCCGUCGGUUACAAUUGCUCCUGCUCGCGUCCGUGCUGCGUCUCGGCGCCGCGGCGGAAGUGUCCGUGUGGAGCGUGGACAUCAACCCGACACAAAAUGCUGUGUUCCGGAAGACGCUGUACUCCAACACCACCAUCUCUAUGAAGUUCCAGGGCGACUUGGCAUCAUGUGAACGAAACCUGGCGUUCAACAUCAGCUGGUACCUGCGCUCCUCCGUCUGCUACAACGAGGUCUUCAACACACCGGACAACAAAGCCACGAACAUGUUUGGAAUGGACCACAUGCUGAAAGAUGGCUGGAGCGGCUUCUACAGUCAGGGCUACAUGUACUUCGACAACUGCUCCUCCCUCUUCAUGCCGAGGGUCUAUUAUCCUGACUUCAACCCAUAUCAGCCCCUAACCAGCCCGAAGAGUGACCCAUCAAAUCAGAGUUUCAUUUGGCCUGACAAACCGGACAUCAGUGCAGUGGCCAAAGCCUGGGAGGACAGUCCCUAUCUGUUCAUAGUGAAAGUGCAGCCCAUGUUCCGUGGAGGUGACGAUGAGGACAUUGGCACCGAGCAGCUCAACUUCGCUUUCACAAUGAAAGUUGAGAUGAAGGGACCACAUGACUACUCCUCCCCAGCAGACUGGCCCCUCAUGAUGUUCUUCAUGAUCAUGUGCAUUGUGUACGUCCUGUUCGGGGCUGUCUGGCUCUUCUGGUGCGCCUGCUACUGGAGAGAUCUGCUGAGGAUUCAGUUCUGGAUCGGCGGCGUCAUCAUCCUCGGCAUGCUGGAGAAAGCUGUGUUUUACUCCGAGUACCAGAGCAUCCGUUACAAAGGAGACUACGUUCAAGGUGCUGUGAUUUUUGCUGAGCUGCUCUCUGCACUCAAAAGAUCUUUGGCUCGAAUCCUGGUGCUCAUUGUCAGUCUUGGGUAUGGGAUAGUCAAGCCCAUGCUGGGGACCACAGUGCACCGGCUGGCAGCCGUGGGGGUUCUCUACCUGCUUUUCUCCUCUGUGGAGGGAGUCCUGAGAGUGACGGGUGGUUUCUAUGGGACAGUUGCCCUGGUUGCUAAUCUCAGCCUCUCCCUCAUCGACUCCUGUGUCAUGUGGUGGAUUUUCAUCAGUCUGUCCCAAACCACUCGUCUCUUGAAGCUCCGCAGGAACAUAGUGAAGCUGUCUUUGUAUCAGCACUUCACCAACACGCUCAUCUUCUCCGUUCUGGCUUCUAUCAUCUUCAUCAUCUGGACCACCAAAGUCUUCAAGCUGGUAGACUGCCAGACGGGCUGGAGGGACCUGUGGGUAGACGAUGCCUUCUGGCGUCUCCUGUUCUCCACCAUUCUGCUGGUCAUCAUGGUUCUGCUGCGGCCGUCUGCCAACAGUCAGAGGUUCUCCCACUCCCCUUUGAUUGAUGAAGACGACGAUGAGGAGGAGGCGAAGGAGCCCAUGCUGAAUGAAGCUUUCGAGGGAAUGAAGAUGAGGGGCUCAAAGCCUGAAAGUAAUGGAUCUCAGAAACUGUUGAGUAAAGAGGAUGAAGACCUCAAAUGGGUCGAGGAGAACAUUCCUACGACUGUUGCUGAUGUAGCUCUCCCCGUAAUGCUGGACGAGGAAGAGGAAAUCCUGAAAACCAAGAUGGAGAGAUCCAAAAUGGAGUAGAACUAAAUGUAAGAAUGAAAAGAAAAAAAUUCACUGAGGCAGCGAUGAAUGCAUUCUGAGUGAUCUGAUUACCCCCCCCCCCCCCCCCCCCCCAAAAGAAAAUGUUUCUCUCCGGACACUUUUUAACUUUUCGAAUUUGACAGUUGUUGUGUAACAUACAUUAAUAAGCUCAGAGAAGCAUGUGUUAUGUUAAGGUGGUUCAGUGGCUUGGCUGCUGUCACUGAUGUCUCCACGGACAUUCUGCAACUGGCUUGACAAUGAAGAGUUCCACUGCAGAUCACUUUGAUGUGUUUCAUCCGAUCGAUUUGUUUCAGUUGAGCAGAACUGUGCAAUUAACUCAAUGCCAUCAUAAAAAAAAUAUUAUUUAUCAAAAUGUUGCCCUUAGGGUCUUGUUGGUUUCUUAAGAACCGGCGUGAGGAUGGAGAAAAAAGUUUUUACCUCCAGCUGAAACUUGCAAAAGUGAUCGUGAAGUUUGUAGGAACUCGCGCGAGGACCAAUUUGGAAUCUGUUCAGGUACGAAUCAAAUAUCUUGGCCGUCAUCGAAGCUAAGAUAUCAGUCACCUGUAUGAAUGGAUGGAGAAAUGCAUACUGAGAGCACCAAGUUAUUUUGCAUAGUAAAAGAUUAUAUUAAAUUAUUUAAACUCUAUAUUCAGAGAAGUGCUGUGCCAUAACUUUAUCGUCAAAAUAAUGCUGUCCUCAGCAAAUCUUACUCCAUAUUUCAUAGGUCACUUGAUAUGAUGACACAUAUUUAUUAUUUAAAUGAGCAACUAUAUGGUAUGAGUAACCAUUCAGCCAAGAGGAGUAAUGUCUUUAUGCUUCUGUCCUGCCAUUGAACAGUUCCGGAUUUCUAAUAGCUGAACCAGUAAAUGAUAAAUGUCUUAUUGUUCACUCACAGCUAGCUCUUUGUUGUCCAUCUCUAUUUGCCACUGUUACUUUAUAUGAAAGUAACUGCACCAGUGGAUAUCGAUACUUUAAGCAUAUCACAGCUAUCAAGGGGAAAUAUGACUGGAAUACACCAGUGGGAUGUGUUAAUGUAAUGACACAUGAAACUCUAUCAUAGUGAAGUAUUUAUAUUCUAUUAUAAACUCCAGUCGUCCAUUUCAUAGACAGGAGAUCACCUCUCAUUACACAGAGACCAGGCAAGUGAUUGUGUGAUUUAUUUUCAAGCUUUCACUGACACAUGACACGCUGCAUGGUCCUCUGUCGGAGAACUGGAAGAGAACUGGAAGAACAGACAGCUUUUGGUGUCUAAGCCGUUAUGAGACUUAAGAUAAUGUGUGUUUGAAUUUUGUUUUAAAAGUACUAUUUUGUAUCUAACAGCUGUAGGAUCAGAGUCCGCUUCAUGUAAAUGUUGAUUUUAUAUUUUAGUUACUGAGUCUGAGAAAAAUUUCAUAAGCUUUGUGUUUGUGGUUUGGGCCUAAAUUCAAAUAUACAUGUCACUAACAACAUGUUUGUGAUCCUUUACACUCACCUGCCACUAACUGGGCCAGAGUUUUAUUUAAGGUCUUCACCCAAACUCAGUGGUGCAGUUUAGUUUAAAAAUGAAUAGUGUAUAUGAUAAAUUCAUAUUAUUAAUUUCACCACAUAUACAGAUUCCUUUGAACCAAUCAUAUUCACACUGCAAAAUGAUCUCCUGCCUCAUGUGGCAGAAUCAUAUCCCGUCCUAGUCUACUGCAGUAUGUGUGGAUGUUCUAAAUUCCUUAAUUUAUGUUUUCUUUUUAUAUAUUUGUUCAAGUCUUGUUGAGGGUAUUUAUUUUGGAGCGAUGCCGAAGCCCUACUUUUGGACGCGAGUCUGCAUUGUAAUGUGAAGCUGAUGAUUCUGUGGCUUUUUGCGUUUGUCUUGCCAAUAAAAUUUAUAUUGAAACAUG